UAAUUAACAUAUGUAUAAUAUAUACACCAACUUCACAUGUGCACGUAUUUCCGGUUUGGACCGUACCACGCGGCAUGACAUACCUGGUCCGGAACAGAGAGCAUUAUCGUCUCCUGUCCUGAGGAAUUUUCGUCAGAAGAUGAAAACUGGAAAGUUCUUCCUCUUCCUCCUGAGCCUGAGCUCGUUGGAAGCUGCCGCAGUCAAGUCAACCAUAAAAUGAGCCAUCCCGAGUAGUAAAAAUUGAGAAAGCAUGGCCUGCCAACGCUGUCGACAACGAGCGGUUUGAUUUCACAUUUUGACCCGACAAUAGUGCCGUUCCUCCGUUGUUUCUACGCUUGGACUUUUUUCCCAAGCUCCAUGCAUCAUCCAUCUAUGGGGAGGAGAGGAGCCUCACUUCUAGUCUAGUACAACUUGCUUCUGCUUCUGCCUCUCCCGGUCCAGGUCUCGCUCUCCUCCGCUGUUCUGUUCUACCACUACCACUACCAGCCCGGGCGGUCCAAUCCAAUUCCCCCCGCUCCCACCUAGUCCUUCCUCCUCGUGCCAAUACCAGAUCCACGCGCUCCAUUGCGAAAUAACCUUACCAAUCGCAGAGGACAAGAGAAGACGCCAUGCCACAUGUGAGAGCGGGGAGCUUAGGUUUGAUCUGCUAGCCAGCUGCCUCUGCGUCUGCCAUCGGCCAUCGCCCAUCGCCAUCGGAGAAAAAUAAAGGGUUGAAGGGACCAGAGGAGGCGGCCGCCCCCGAACCGCCGGGAAGGCAAAAAGAUGCGCCCUUUGCGGCGAAGCUCCGGGGGCCUUGCGGCCCUCGGCUGCUGCCUCUUCCUCCUCCCGCUGCUGUCCCGCGGCGCGGACAUGCCGCUGGGGUCGACCCUCUCGCCGGGCAACUCGGCGACGUGGACGUCGCCCAACAGCACCUUCUCGCUCGGCUUCACGGCGUCCGCGUCCUCCCCGUCGCUCUUCGUCGCCGCCAUCACCUACGCCGGCGGCGUGCCCGUCUGGUCCGCGGGCAACGGCGCCGCCGUUGACUCGGGGAGCUCGUUCCGCCUCUCGUCCAACGGCGACCUCCAGCUCGUCAACGGAUCCGGGGCCGUGCUCUGGUCCUCCAACACGGGGGGCCAGAACGUGUCCGCCGCGGCCGUCCAGGAGACCGGCAACCUCGUGCUCAAGGACAAGACCGGCGCCGCGCUGUGGCAGUCGUUCGACCACCCCACGGACACGGUGGUCAUGUCGCAGAACUUCACCUCGGGCAUGAACCUCACCUCCGGGUCCUACGCCUUCUCCGUCGACAGGGCCACGGGCAACCUCACGCUCCGCUGGACCGGCGCCGGCUCCACCGUCACCUACUUCAACAGGGGCUACAACACCUCCUUCACGGGGAACAAGACGCUCACCGCGCCCACGCUCACGAUGCAGACCAACGGCAUCGUCUCCCUCACCGACGGCACCCUCACCUCCCCCGCCGUCGUCGCCUACAGCAGCAACUACGGCGAGAGCGGGGACAUGAUGCGCUUCGUGCGCCUCGACGCGGACGGCAACUUCCGCGCCUACAGCGCCGCCCGGGGCAGCAACGCCGCCACGGAGGAGUGGUCGGCCGUGGCGGACCAGUGCCAGGUGUUCGGCUACUGCGGCAGCAUGGGCGUGUGCAGCUACAACGGCACGUCGCCGGUCUGCGGCUGCCCGUCGCUCAACUUCCAGCUCUCCGACCCUUCCAAGCCGCGCGCCGGCUGCACGCGCAAGCUCGAGCUCGCCAGCUGCCCCGGCAACUCCACCAUGCUCGAGCUCGACAACACGCAGUUCCUCACCUACCCGCCGGAGAUCACCACGGAGCAGUUCUUCGUCGGCAUCACCGCCUGCCGCCUCAACUGCCUCUCCGGCGGCUCCUGCGUCGCGUCCACAGCGCUCUCCGACGGCUCGGGCCUCUGCUUCCUCAAGGUGUCCAGCUUCGUCAGCGGCUACCAGUCGGCCGCGCUGCCCAGCACGUCUUUCGUCAAGGUCUGCUCCCCGCCGCUGCCCAACCCGGCCCCGGGCAGCGCGGCGGCGCCCUCGGCCGGCGGCUCCGGCUUCCGCGCCUGGGUCGUGGCGGUCGUGGUCCUGGGUGUGGUGUCCGCGCUGGUGCUCUGCGAGUGGGCGCUCUGGUGGUUCCUGUGCCGGCACAGCCCCAAGUACGGCCCGGCGUCGGCGCAGUACGCGCUGCUGGAGUACGCGUCGGGCGCGCCCGUGCAGUUCUCGUACCGCGAGCUGCAGCGCUCCACCAAGGGGUUCAAGGAGAAGCUGGGCGCCGGCGGGUUCGGCGCGGUGUACCGCGGCGUGCUGGCGAACCGGACGGUGGUGGCGGUGAAGCAGCUGGAAGGGAUCGAGCAGGGGGAGAAGCAGUUCCGGAUGGAGGUGGCCACCAUCAGCAGCACCCACCACCUCAACCUGGUCCGCCUCAUCGGCUUCUGCUCCGAGGGCCGGCACCGGCUGCUGGUGUACGAGUUCAUGAAGAACGGAUCGCUGGACGCGUUCCUGUUCGGCGACGCGCCGCCGGGCGGGAAGAUGCCGUGGCCGACGCGGUUCGCCGUGGCCGUGGGCACGGCGCGCGGCAUCACGUACCUGCACGAGGAGUGCCGCGACUGCAUCGUGCACUGCGACAUCAAGCCCGAGAACAUCCUCCUGGACGAGCACUUCAACGCCAAGGUCUCCGACUUCGGGCUGGCCAAGCUGGUCAACCCCAAGGACCACCGCCACCGGACGCUCACCAGCGUGCGCGGCACCAGGGGCUACCUGGCGCCGGAGUGGCUCGCCAACCUGCCCAUAACGGCCAAGUCCGACGUGUACAGCUACGGGAUGGUGCUGCUGGAGACCGUCAGCGGGCGACGCAACUUCGACGUGUCGGAGGAGACGCGCGGGAAGAAGUUCUCGGUGUGGGCGUACGAGGAGUACGAGAGGGGCAACCUCGCCGGCAUCAUCGACAGGAGGCUCCCCGCAGAGGACCUCGACAUGGCGCAGGUGGAGCGCGCGCUGCAGGUGAGCUUCUGGUGCAUCCAGGAGCAGCCGGGGCAGCGCCCGUCCAUGGGGAAGGUGGUGCAGAUGCUGGAUGGGGUUAUGGAGCUCGAGAGGCCUCCGCCCCCGAAGUCGUCGGACAGCUUUUUUAGCACCACCACGGCCAGCGGCGGCAACUCCAGCAUGGUCUCGACAGUCGCCUCGUCGGCGGCGCCCCCGGUCGCGCCCUCGACGUCGCCGAACCUAGAGCAGGAGAUGGCGUUGGGACGCUCCGAGUCGGCUAGGAACCGUGACCGGGUGACGCGGCAGCUGCUGUCGCCGCAGCCGUACAUGACGAUGUAAAAUGUGCGUCUGCGUCAUCGUCAUCCUCAUCCAUCCAUGGCAGAGAUCAUCAUCUGGAUACACGCACUCAGGCAGAAUGCCUGCUUCUGUCGUCCAUUCCAGGUUUACUACAGAUUGUAGAGCGAUUACGGUAGGGCUACGCUGAAUUUGCUCCUAACAUUCUGGUUGGCAAUAUGUAAUUGUAAGCAUCAAAAUUGGACCGAGUUUGGUAUUGGGCAUUGCAAUCUGUACAAAAUCACCGAAACGAGACGACAAACUGUAGCAUGGAUUUGCAGGCUAGUGGUUUGUUUGUUUUGUUCCCCCGGCAGCUCACACAGGCGAUAUGUAAUUGCAUCAUAAUUUCAUAAUACUGAGCUACCGCAUACUGUUGGAGGUCUCA